AUGGGAAACGGACGUAGGGGCGUCAAGUUUGCCCACAGGAAAGGCAAUGGCAGUGUGGACGGCCGUCGCGCCAGCUUCAGCGAGCACAGCGAGGCCAGCCAGGAGGGCUCCCCAAAGGCAAAGUCGUCGCCGCACAUGGACCAGAUCGCCGAGAAAGACGCCGCUCCACCACCGCAGAACGAUUACGAGAAGAAGAAACAGAACUUCAUAACGAGAACAAUAUGGACGCUGCUCAUGAUCGGCGGCUUCUUCGCCGCCCUCUUCAUGGGCCACAUAUACGUCAUCCUCAUCAUCACCGUCAUCCAGAUCAUCUCCUUCAAGGAGGUCAUCGCCAUCGCGAGCGUCCCCUCCCGAGCCCGCCAACUCCGGUCCACCAAGAGCUUGAACUGGUACUGGCUUGCCACGACCAUGUACUUCCUCUACGGAGAGAGUGUCAUCUACUACUUCAAGCAUGUUGUUCUUGUAGACAAGGUGCUCCUGCCGCUGGCCACGCACCACCGCUUCAUCAGCUUCAUGCUCUACAUCAUUGGCUUCGUCUUCUUUGUCGGCUCCCUCAAGGGCGGGCAUCUUAAGUUCCAGUUCACCCAGUUUGCAUGGACGCACAUGGCGCUCCUGAUCAUCGUGGUCGAAGCCCACUUCAUUAUGAACAAUGUUUUGGAGGGCCUGGUCUGGUUUUUCCUGCCCGCCGCCCUGGUCAUCACAAACGACAUCUUCGCCUACAUCUGCGGAAUCACCUUUGGUCGCACCCAGCUCAUCAAGCUGUCUCCCAAGAAGACCGUCGAGGGUUUUGUUGGCGCGUGGGUCUUCACGGUCAUCUUCGGCUACGCCCUGACGAACCUGAUGAUGCGCAGUGGCUACUUCACGUGCCCAGUCAAUGACUUUGGCGCCAACGUCUUCACUGGUCUGCAAUGCCAACCCAACCCUGUGUUCCUCCCCUACAAGUACGAGCUCCCUCAACUGUUCUUCCUCCCGGAGAACACCCAGUUCAGCUUCACCAUGGAGCCGAUGCAGAUUCACACCAUGAUCUUUGCUACGUUUGCUUCUCUGAUUGCCCCUUUCGGUGGCUUCUUCGCGUCUGGGCUCAAGCGCACCUUCAAGAUCAAGGACUUUGGCCACUCUAUCCCUGGGCACGGCGGUAUGACCGAUCGCAUGGACUGUCAGUUCAUCAUGGGCUUCUUCACCUUCAUGUACUAUCACUCUUUCAUCGCCACACACAAGGUCGGGCUCGGUGGUGUCUUGGAGACUGCCAUCACGGGCUUAACUGUGGACGAGCAGAUUGAGCUUGUUCGGAACAUGGCGAGGUAUCUCGGCAAUCAGGGCGCUUUGGGAGACGAUGUUCUAUCAUGUCUGGACCUGGCGCUGCCCAGCAAAAGGUGA